GGGCCAGUGUUCGCCCUAUCUAGUGAAGACGGUGUGCGGGCUGUUGACAGAGAGUUCCGCAGACCGGCCUACUCGGAGUUAAAGCGAUGUACAUUUAGGUUGGAGGAAUGAAUGUUUUCGCCCUCCAUAUGUUUUAAUAUAAACCGUUAAUUCACGGCGUCGAUGUGAAGGGUUUACUGGGUAGGGGUGAGUGUUUGAGGAUGGAGUGUGUUAGAGUGUUCGUGCUGUCGGCCGCGCAGGUUUACACACUCUUCACCAUCCAGCUCUUCAUCACUGCGCGGCCCGCCCACGCUGACAUCACCGCCGUUUCAUCUGAUAAUAAGACAGAGAGUUUUGAUGACCUCCCGGCAAGGUUCGGGUACCGGCUGCCCAGCGAGGGGCUGAAGGGUUUUCUGAUUGGAGCUCGGCCGGAGAACGCGUGUGAGCCCAUCGAUCCUCCACCAAUCAGAGAGCGGGAAAACUCCAGCACCUUCUUCGUCCUCAUCAAACGCUUUGAUUGUAACUUUGACAUCAAGGUUCUUCAUGCUCAGCGUGCAGGAUAUAAAGCAGCAAUCGUUCACAAUGUGGACUCUGACGACCUCAUCAGUAUGGGCUCUAACGACUUGGACAUUGUGAAGCAGAUAGACAUUCCAUCAGUGUUUAUUGGAGAAGUUGCUGCAAACGCUCUAAAGCAGGAUUACACCUAUGAGAAAGGAGGUCAUGUGAUCGUCAUGCCGGAUUUUAGCUUGCCUCUGGAAUACUACCUGAUCCCGUUCCUCAUCAUCGUUGGAAUCUGCCUCAUUCUUAUCGUCGUUUUUAUGAUCACUAAGUUUGUGCAGGAUCGUCACAGAGCCAGGAGGAGCCGCCUGAGGAAAGAUCAGCUGAAGAAACUUCCGGUUCACAAAUACAAGAAAGGUGACGUUUAUGACGUUUGUGCGAUUUGUUUAGACGAGUAUGAGGAAGGAGAGAAGCUGCGGGUUCUGCCAUGUUCUCAUGCGUAUCACUGUAAGUGUGUGGACCCCUGGCUGACCAAGACGAAGAAGACGUGUCCGGUCUGUAAGCAGAAGGUGGUUCCGUCCGAGGGCGACUCUGACUCCGACUCGGACUCUGGAGAGAGUGGCCCGGAGGAGAACGAGGAAAUUUCGGAAAACACUCCGCUCCUGCGCUCGCUGGCGUCCACAAGCGGUCAUUCCUUCGGCACCAUGGCGACUGCGCUGUCCCCGCAGGAACACGAGGAGUCCUCCAACUACGACGAGCAGAGCGACAUGGACACCAGCGACAGCGAGGAGGAGGUUACCGUGGAGACAGUGGUGGUGCAGCUGCAGCAGGAGCGACACGCAGGCGACGGAGCGAAGGCUUAAAGCGAGGGUCCGAAACACAGCGGCCCGGCCCGCUCCCCUCAGACUGUACCGGGGGGUGGGGGGUCACCGAAACAUCUCAUCACUGCUUGCAUAAAUUCAUCUCUCUCUCUCACACACACACACACACACACACACACACACACACACACCUGCACGUUCUUUCUUUAACUGACGAAUAAACGGACGAUAAAGUUCUGCGGAUCAAAUCAGGAGUUAAUUAAUAUUCAUUAAUGUUAACCUUAACUUUGACCGAUACAGUUAAGGAAACACUCACCAUAAACCGGACUCACCAGUGUGUGUGUUGUGUAAAUCACUCUGAUAUUAAUUAAUAAUUCUCUGAUUAAAACAGUGACUGUAUGCUAAUUAGAGGGUGGGGUUUAACAGUCAAUUAUACAGUAAAGGUUUAAUACUGUACGCUUUAAUGGAUCAGUGAUGUCAAAGUUUCUGCUGUACAUUUUCAGAAGCAGAUUUUUUUGGGGGGGUAGAGGGAUGGGGGGUUACACGGUUUAAUAAUAAACAGUGUUUAAAUUAUAAACAGGGUUCUGAAUGGAGAACUGUAAUUCACCUUUUAUCAAGCACCGUUUUAUUAAUCUCAUUUUCCUUAAUGAUCGUCGCUACAAUACAAAUAAUUUUGUAAUAAUUUUUUGCCAAACUGUAAAGAUGAAAGAUCAGAGGAGAAUCGAUCGGAAUGUUGAUCUGAACAGAAUUCAGCCAAACUGGUUCUGGUUGUUUUUCAAAAGUUUGAAUGAAGAACUUUUCCUUUUAAUGCUCAGCCUCUAAAUGACCGUCACUCAAAGUUUUGAUGCACCUUCAUUAAUAUUCAUGUAGUCAUUUUGUGAGCUUUUUUUUGUUUUUUUUUUAAACAAGUAAUUUCAUAUCAUUUAAAUACUGUAUCUAGAACGUCUCUCCGAUGGAGAACCGUUACAGUCUGUUUGUUGCCUUCGUCUGUAAAUCGUUUCACUUCAUCUCAAUUAAAAUGAUUUUGUUGGAGAAAAAAUAAGUGAUUUUUACAGGAUCAUUAGAGUGUGUGUGAGGGGGGUGUGUGUGUGAGGGGUGUGUGUGUGAAUGUGCAGAAAAGGAAAACAAUCAUCAUCAGGUUGGAAUAAAUUUAUUGAUCAGUCUGUAAACAGAGAAUCAGUCGAUGGCGUUUUAUGGGUUUGAUAUGAAAUCAGAUGCAAGAAAAGUCUGGAGGGAAAAUCAGCAGCAAAUUCUGAAUCUGUGCAAAAAUACAAAUAAAAUAACUUAAAAUCCUUCAACAGAAACGUGUUCUGUCAGCAUUUUGGCACAGAAUAAACGCGUUUCUGAGCUUUUUUCCUAAAACAAUACGUUUAUUACGACCAACCACUGUCCGUUUCUCCAUGAACUCGUUUAUUCAGUUCAUUCUGCUUCAGUGUUUUUUUUGGAUCUGAGCUUUAAAACUGGAUUCAACAUCUGGUUUACAAUUUUAACCAUUUUAACAGUUUUAAAAUAAACUGUAAUUAAUUCCACAGUUCAGUUACAUUGUGGGCUUAAAAUGCAGUAAUUAAUAAAUCUAUAAAAAAUUAAACUGCAGAUCAAUCCACUGAGGAGCGAAUCGUCAGGAGUGCGUUAGUGUUUUAUA